GUGUGUGACAGUAUCCCAGCAUCCACUGCGCCCCACCCUCGUUCCCCCCGAUUACGUCACUGCCAACCGGAGGGCAGGCCUCGCUCCAUCAGGCUGCAUCAAAACUUUCGCACUGUGCAAAUAUCUCGCGGCCUUCUCCAACACAGCAAUGGAGCCAUCAGAAAACGCCACCAGCAACCACGCCCUGAACUCGACAGGCACUGAGGGCUCAUGGGAGAUCAGCGACAAGACCAGACUGUGCCGCUUCCUCUGCUACGGCUCCGAGGGAGACAUCUACACCGCCAGAGAGCAGGGCCGCGUCUCCACGGAGUCCGCCGGAGCCCUGCUGUCGCUGCUGCAGGAGGGGAGAGGCGCAGAGGUGGUGGAGGAGGCCAAGCGGUUCGCCCAAGGCGGCCGCGCCGUCAGGCCGGGGCCGGCCCUCUUCGCCCUGGCCUUGUGCUCGCAGCAUUCGGAGCUGAAGACGAGGCAGGCGGCUUUCAAGGCCCUGAGGGAGGUCUGCCGGGACCCGGCCCACUUGUUUUCCUUCGUCCAGUACAAGAAGGAGCUGAAAGAGGGCAUGAAAUGCGGGAUUUGGGGGCGCGCCCUGAGGAAGGCCGUGUCCGACUGGUACAAUGAGCAGGACCCCCUGAGUCUGGCUGCGGCGGUUACCAGGUGUAAGCAGAGAGAGGGCUGGUCACACCAGGACCUGCUCAGGCUCUCCCACACCAAACCGGCCACAGAGGCUGUUGCCUUGAUCAGCAAAUAUGUAACAAAAGGGUGGAAGGAGGUCCAGGCGGCUUACGCGGACAAAGAGAAAUCGGAGGAAGUGGUCAAAGUGCUCUCCUAUCUGGAAGUGGUGGAAAAGGUCAAGCACAGCUGUGACGAAGUGGAGGUCAGCGGUUUAAUAGAGGAGCACAAGCUGGAGAGGGAGCAGCUGCUUACAGACCACCUGAGGUCAAAACAGGUGUGGAGUGCCCUGCUGAAGGAGAUAUCUCUGCAUUCCAUUCUUAAAAUCCUGGGAAAGAUGACAUCCAACAAGCUUCUUGAGCCACGGAGCGCCGAGACCCAAACCAUCUGCGAGAGACUCCAGAACGAGUCAUCGCUAAAGAAGGCCAACAUCCACCCUUUCAGCAUCCUUUUGGCUUCGGAAAACUAUAAACGAGGUCAAGGCUUCCAGGGGAAAACGAAGUGGGAAGCGGACGGUAGCAUCCUCAAAGCCAUGGACUGGGCUUUUUACACAAGCUUUCAGAACGUGGAGCCCGUCGGGAAGCGCUUCGUCGUGGCUGUAGACGUGGGCACGUCGCUGACCAGCAUUGUCCCGGGAACGGCAAUUAGCACGGCGGUUGCUGCUGCAGCCAUAACCAUGAUUUUUGCCCGGACAGAAUCAAACACGCAGGUCCUGGCCUUCUCUGAGGGCGCUGUGGUUCCAUGCUCUCUUUCUGCAGAUAUGUCGCUUCCAGAAGUAACCGCUGAGCUGGUUAAGUUCCCCAGCGGCAGCACAGACUGCACCCUUCCUGUCACAUGGGCCACAGAAAAUGGGAAGUCUGUGGACAUGUUCAUCAUUCUGACCAACAACCCACUGUGGACGUUUACAGCCAGCCCAGUGGAGUCUCUGAAGAAACACAGACAUGCAUCAGGCACAGACUCCAAGCUGGUGAUGUGCGGCCUGACCUCCAUCGGCCACGCCGUCGCAGACACAGAGGACAGGGGCUUACUCAGCAUCUGCGGCUUUGACCUUGGAGCAUUCAGCGUCAUCCGGAACCUCGCCCUCGACCUUAUCUGACCUGACCCGACCCCAUGCAAUCCAAUAAAAUCCGAGUCUCAGACACGCAGAGUUCUGGAGUAACUAAUCUCCUUCUUAAAAGAAAAGAAAAAAAAAUACUGACACUUACAAUUCCAGAUUUUUGUAUUCCGUUCUGACAAAGCGUCCAGCAGGCUGGACGGUACUCCGGCGACGUCACAGGGUGCCGAUACAGGGUAUGCUUCAUGUGGCAUGACUACACAGCAGGUCGGUUCUGGUUCUGGGUAAGACACUAACAUCUCUCUUUUCCAGCUAGAAGAUGAAGUCAUAAUGUUGGGUUUAUUUUAAGGUGGUUUCUUGUAGUUUUUUUUUUUAUUACUACUCUGGUAGCAGGUUUGAGGUAAAGUAGGUGAAUUGUGAAGCUGGAACUAAUUUUAUGUAGUAUGUUUAUAAAUUAUUAACCGAUUUAUGGGAAAUGAAGAUGAGAGGACAAGAGGAAGCACCAAAAAGUCCACAGGAUAGCUCUCUGUUCUGUGUAAUUUUUAUGAUUUAUGUAGUUUUUAUUUGAAUAAUAACACUAGAUUCAUUUUAGAAUGUUUUAGAUUUAUUCCUGUUUAGCCCCUCGAUCACUUUUAUUAUAUCAGAGGAGUCUUUCUCUCUCUUUCUCGAUCUACUGUCCUGAUUAAAAGUUUACAUCCACUCAUCAGGCGCAUAAAUGCCACAAUAAUUUAGAGCUCUUAUCGUUUUAUUUCAAUCUGUUGGAAUGACUGUGUUUAUAAAAACAACAAUUAAGUGCACAAGUUUGAAUGUAACACAGAUUUUCUUUAAUCCACAUGGUCCGUAGCACAUAUAAUCUGCGUUUACAAGCAAAUAUUACUGGUUGCUUUUUUUUCCUUGGACUCUGUAAUUUUGAUGCAAUGUGGAUUAUUAUCCACAUUAUUCACAUUUUAUUUAAACUUAACGAUCCAGUUCUUGUUUUAAACAUCUCCUGACGACAUAUGCUGUGUAAUCAGUCCACUCUGGAAAAAACAAUGGUUCAAACGCAUCGCUGAAACACUAAAGUUGAAGAUAUUCAAACCUAUGAUGGAUGUCAAGUUCCGACUGGCACCGUCAACUGGCACUGUUCCCUUUUAAAUGGGAUAACCUGUUUUUUUGAAGGAGUGUUGUUGUUUUGUUUUUUUUUGUUUUCUUUAGCAACAAAAUUAUGCAAAUGUCAAGGACUUCAACAGAUUUUGGUGAAAGUUGAGAGAAAUUGGCUCAGUUUCUCGUUUUAGUCAGAAAUCUAUGCAUCGCCAUUAGGUAGGGGUGCACCGAUUGCAGGGUUCUGGCCAAUCAACCGAUAUUUUAAAAGCCUGAUUCCAAUUUUGACAUUUUCUUUUUUUUUGUCUGAAAAUUGUCAAAAUAUAGUGUCAAAAUCACAUAAGUUGGCAACAGCUUGGUGACUGCUGUUCCGAUGUGACCUCGUGGGCGGAUCAAUCCGGUCUCAUUAUAGAACAAAACGGGACAGUGGUUCGUUUUCACGUCUUUACAGAUGAAAUCAGGUAGAUGAAAUUAGUUUCAGGUAUAAGUAUCUGCCGAUCGCCUAAAAUUAAGUUAACUUGGGCCGAUUUCUUGGUGCACCCCUACAAUUAGAACAAUACUGCAUCAUGUCAAGAUUAAUUGUAGCUGGGUAGGAAGAACUGUUCACCAUGACUGAAUCUGCUAAAGUUGCACUGCUGUAUCUUUAAUUUAUUUGCAAAAACUAACAACUGCAACUAUUGUGGAAUAAAUCAAAUUGAAUGUA